AUUAUGUUCGUAGUUGACUGCAGUCAAGAAUGACAAAUCUACAUUCAUUAACGUCUUUAUCUCAUUUCAUACCAUGUCAUGAUUAUUUGAAUUUAUUUCAAAAAUUUCCGUGAAUUUUUACUGCUAAAUAUUCUAGGCGUACCUGGUUUCUAACUUUUUAGGUCCAAAGGAUAAGUUCUAUCGCCUCUGCAGCUAUGAUAACUUCUGAUGGAAAUUCAGAUACAUCGAAAAAAGGAUUAAUAUGCAAGCCAAGUGAACUACCCAUUUAUAGUCCUGACAUACCCGUUCCUCAAUGUAUUGAAGAAAGGCCAACUUGGUUUGGAAACUUUUUACAAGCAAAGGUAUCGAGUUUGAGACAGUUAAUUGAUACUGUCGUCCAUGAAGCGAAAGCUUAUGAGAAUGUAGCCGAAGACUAUAUAAAAGAUGGAGUCGACAAAGCAGAUGGUGCUUUAACAUACUUGAGACAAGAAAAUAAUACUGUUCCUAAAGUAGGAGCAAUAGCAAUUGGGGGUCUUACCGGAUUAAUUCUGAGUCUGAGAAAGGGAUUUUUCAAAAGAACCUUAUAUACAGCUGCUGGAGCAACAGUUAUGACAGCUAUAUGUUACCCUAAACAAACUUCUGAGUACAGUCAAAUUGGCAUGAGAGAAGGAAAAAAAUAUGCUACAAUAGCUUAUAACUUUGCAUAUGGAGUUAAAAAGGGGGACCCACCCAUCGAGCUUCCUUCUCUUCCAGAGCUUCCUUCUUCAGUUUCAGAUACUUGGAGUUAUGUCUCUAAAAAUGUUUCAUCACUUUUUCUAGAUAAGGCAGAUUCUGAUAAUAAAUGUACCACAAGGGCAGAUUUAGGAAAAGAAGAUGAAUCAGAUGAAGAGGUAGUAUGUCAUUGCUUUGAUAAUUUUGAUUCGAUGGAAAUCGAGGAUCCUUGUCCUUACCUUUAACAUUCCAGUUAUACCUGUCCAUCAUACCAAGCUAUCGAGCCGAAACAGUUAACUAUUUCUGAAGCUGGAGAUGCCGCGAAUUAAUUUGUAGAAUAUGAGUGUAAUGAUCAGAGAUGUAAAAUAAAUUUUUAGUUGCCAA